AUGCUUCACAACUUGGAACAAAGCAGAAUAAUUGCAUCUGAAAGUGGAGAGUCGAGUGUUGAAAAUGAAAAGGAUUCAUCAAGCAAUGAUGAUAAUAACAUGGCGGGUGAGUGCUCAGACGAUACAACUGCUGAGAAUGUAAACACAUUUUUGUUAAAUUUGAACAAUGGAUGCUGUCUCUGGACAGAGGUAAAAAGGAUGAAAAAACUGUUAAACAACAUAGUGCACAACUAUUUGGAAUUUUAAGAGCCAUUGACGAUUCUGAAGAUGUCAAUUCCCUUCUUGAUCUAAAGCUAGUCCAUCAUGUCUUCCUCAAUAAUUAUGUAAAGAAAUGAAAUUAUGAGGCAGGGACUUUCCUCAUAUCUGACAAUCCUGGUGACAUUAAUUUCAAUGUUGAUGAUGUUGCUUCUGCAAGAGAGAAGGUGCAGAUGUGGUCGUCCUCGUAUAGAUGGGAGUCAAGCACACGUAAGUGGCAAAAGUUGGAAGAAGAUACGGUAAACGGUUUAACACCUUCUAACAUUAACUAAUUUGAGAAAAGUAAAGCAGCAAGAGAAGCUGUUAAAAUCCUUGGGAAACAUUCAGAUCCAACAGAACAUGAUGAAAUUACACAAAUGGACUACACGUUAGUGAGGGAUUUUCUGUUCACACAAAUAUUUACUGACAAUGCAAAUCGGCUUGGGAUUUUGGCAGAAAUGACAGUGGCUGACUACAAGAGGAUGAUUUUCAACACGUCAUUACAGUGACGGAGCAUAAAACUGCAUAUAUCUAUGGACCAGCUCGUAUUGUUUUAGCCGAAAAAUUAAAGUCAUGGCUCGACAUUUUCAUACAAAUAAUUCGACCUCAAAUUACAACCUUAGCAUCUGGAAAUGUCUUUCCUCGCUGGAACGCUAGAAGUAUGAAGUCAUGUCAAAUUACCAAUGCCAUACAGUCCAUCUUCAAGAAAGCUGGGAUUGACCUUAAAAUCACUUCAACAUCCUAUCACAAGGCUGCUGUGACUAAAGUACAUAUGGACUGCCCAGAUCUUAGCGGAAAGUUAGCAGGAUUGAUGGCUCAUAACGAGGCAACAACCAAAAAAUACUAUCUUCUGGCCGAAAAAAUGAAAGCGUCUGUGGAAGCUUCAAGCAAAUUUGUCAAGUUGAUGCGAACGGAAGAGGCGAAUGAAGAAUGUCCACCUGGUGAGUCCUCCACUGAGCCUACUGGAGACCUAAAACGAAAUAAAGAAGAAGGAAAGAAGAACAAGUGCAGUUGGAGCGACGAGGAUUUAAAAAAG